UUCUCCCCGCAGCUCUCGUCAGCGCUGACGGCUGGUGCAUACAUUCUCCUCUUCCUGAUUCCCCUGAUUCCUCCCAUAACGAGCAUAAAAUCGCAGGUAAAGAGGAAAAAAAAAUGCGAGGCGCACAGCAGUGUCCGCAGAACAUCUAGGGUUUCUUGCGAGUUUCAGGGGAAUGAACCGUUGCUAGAAGAACAAGAUAAUCUCCGACAUUAGCAGGGAUGGCGUUCGAACCCUUGGUUUGGUACUGCCGCCCGGUGGCGAACGGGAAAUGGGCGAAGUUUGCGGAGAAUGCAUUCGGGGCUUAUACACCGUGCGGUAUUGAGACCAUUGUGCUCGGCAUCUCGUACCUAGUUCUAUUCGGUUGUUGCUUUUACAGAAUAUGGAGGUCAACGAAAGAUUAUACCGUUCAAAGAUACCGCUUGAAGUCUCCGUACUUCAAUUAUAUCUUGGGGAUUUUGGCUUUGUAUUGCGCUACAGGGCCAUUGAUUAGGCUGUUUAUGGGUUUGUCGAUGGUAAACUUGGAUGGGCAGACCAGUUUUGCGCCCUUUGAGGUGGUCUCACUGAUUGUUGAAGCAGUUGCUUGGCUUAGUAUGCUCGCCAUGAUUGCUUUGGAAACUAAAAUUUACAUCCAUGAAUUCCGGUGGUACGUACGGUUUGUAGUCAUAUAUGCACUUGUUGGGAAUGCAGCUGUUUUCAGUACUUUCCUAUCCUUAAGGGAGUACUAUGACAAAUUGGUAAUUAACAUAUAUACCAGCGGUGUAAUUUGUCAGCUUUUGUUUGGCAUUCUACUUGUGUUCUAUGUUCCUAAUUUGGAUCCAUAUACUGGAUACACUCCUAUUAGAGGUGAUGUUUUUGUGGAUAACACUCAGUAUGAAUUGCUUUCUGGAGGAGAGCAGAUAUGCCCCGAGAGGCACACAAACAUAUUUUCUAAAAUAUUUUUUUCAUGGAUUACUCCACUCAUGCAACUUGGCUACAAAAGACCUCUCACUGAGAAGGAUGUUUGGAAAUUAGAUUCAUGGGAUGAAACAGAGACAUUAAAUAGCAGAUUCCAAAAAUUCUGGCUCGAGGAAUCUCAAAGAUCGAAACCUUGGCUGUUGAGGCCAUUGCAUCGCAGCCUUGGGGGAAGAUUUUGGUUAGGAGGCAUUUUCAAGGUUGGCAAUGAUAUAUCUCAGUUUGUUGGCCCACUAAUUUUGAAUCUCCUUUUAAAGUCGAUGCAAGAAGGAGAUCCAGUGUGGCAUGGCUACGUCUAUGCAUUUUCAAUAUUUGCAGGAGUGUCUUUAGGAGUGCUAUCCGAAGCUCAGUACUUCCAAAAUGUGAUGCGUGUUGGCUUUCGAUUAAGGUCUACCUUGGUAGCUGCGGUAUUUCGUAAAUCUUUGAGACUAACGCAUGAAGGUCGAAAAAAGUUCGCAUCCGGAAAAAUAACUAACUUGAUGACGACUGAUGCAGAAUCACUUCAGCAAAUCUGUCAGCAGCUUCAUAGUUUAUGGUCAGCACCAUUUCGCAUCGUUAUAUCCAUUGUGCUUCUUUACAGUCAACUAGGUGUUGGUGCACUUGUGGGAUCGAUAAUUCUGGUUCUUAUGUUCCCCUUUCAGACAUUUGUGAUAAGCAGAAUGCAGAAAUUAUCGAAGGAAGGCUUACAGCGGACAGACAAACGGAUCGGUCUCAUGAAUGAAGUGUUGGCUGCAAUGGAUACUGUCAAAUGUUAUGCAUGGGAGAAAAGCUUCCAGGCUAAAGUACAGAGCAUUCGAAAUGAUGAACUUUCCUGGUUUCGUAAGGCUCAACUACUCGCCGCGUGCAACUCUUUUAUUCUGAACAGCAUUCCAGUUGUUGUUACUGUGAUAUCUUUUGGGGUUUACUCGUUGCUUGGAGGUGAUCUGACUCCAGCAAAAGCAUUCACAUCACUUUCACUGUUUGCUGUUUUGCGUUUUCCUCUCUUCAUGUUACCGAAUUUGAUAACUCAGGUUGUGAAUGCGAAUGUUUCAUUGAAAAGACUAGAGGAGUUAUUUUUGACUGAGGAACGAGCUCUUAUGCCUAAUCCACCUCUCGAUGCUACUCUUCCAGCCAUAUCAAUUAAGGAUGGAUACUUUUCCUGGGACUCAAAGGAGGAGAGGGCCACAUUAUCCAAUAUCAACCUUGAUAUCCCUGUUGGUAGCUUGGUGGCCAUAGUGGGAAGCACUGGAGAGGGAAAAACAUCUCUAAUAUCUGCAAUGCUUGGUGAACUUCCAGCAAAGCCAGGAUCCAAUACAACUGUUGUCAUCCGUGGCAGUGUUGCCUAUGUUCCUCAAAUUUCAUGGAUUUUUAAUGCUUCUGUGCGGGAUAAUAUCUUGUUUGGAUCUCAUUUUGAAGCACGGCGCUAUGAAGAAGCAAUUGAAGUCACUGCUUUACAACAUGACCUUGAAGUGCUCCCGGGUGGUGACCUUACAGAAAUUGGUGAGCGUGGAGUUAAUAUCAGUGGGGGACAAAAGCAAAGAGUUUCCAUGGCAAGGGCUGUUUAUUCUAAUUCUGAUGUAUAUGUAUUUGAUGAUCCCUUGAGUGCAUUGGAUGCUCAUGUUGGUCGGCAGGUUUUUGAUAGAUGUAUUAAGGACAAAUUGAGAGGAAGAACCCGAGUGCUUGUGACGAACCAACUACAUUUUCUUCCAAAUGUUGAUACAAUUAUUUUGGUUCAUGAAGGCAUGAUCAAGGAGAAGGGCACCUUUGAAGAACUCAGUAGUGAUGGAUUUCUUUUUCGAAAGUUAAUGGAAAAUGCUGGGAAGAUGGAGGAGCAAGUUGAUGAAGAGGGAAGUGAAAAUGAAGGCAAGGAGAUUGCCGCAUCUACUGAAAAUGGAGAAAUUACAAAGGGUGGGAAUGGACUGGAAAACAAUAAUAAUAAAGGAAAGAAUGGGAAGUCUGUGCUUAUAAAACAGGAAGAACGUGAAACUGGUGUUGUGAGCUUUAAAGUUGUUGAUAGGUAUAAGAAUGCCCUGGGUGGGCUCUGGGUUGUCAUGAUACUCUUCUUUUGCUAUGUAUUGACUGAAACUCUUAGAAUUUCAAGUAGUACAUGGUUGAGUGUUUGGACAGAUCGAAGCUCUCCAAAGAGUCAUGGGGCCGGUUUUUACAACCUGAUCUAUGCACUUCUUUCAUUUGGCCAGGUACUAGUGACACUUACUAACUCUUAUUGGUUGAUAAUUUCAAGUCUUUAUGCUGCCAAGAGGUUGCACGAUGCUAUGCUUAAUUCUAUAUUACGAGCUCCAAUGGUAUUCUUUCACACAAACCCACUUGGAAGGGUAAUAAAUAGAUUUGCAAAGGAUCUAGGUGAUAUAGAUCGCAAUGUUGCUGUAUUUGUCAAUAUGUUUUUGGGACAAGUUUCACAGCUCCUUUCAACUUUUGUUCUGAUCGGUCUUGUCAGCACUACUUCUCUUUGGGCCAUCAUGCCACUUCUGAUUCUGUUUUAUGCUGCCUAUCUAUAUUAUCAGAGCACUGCCCGCGAAGUGAAACGCCUGGAUUCCAUAACUCGGUCUCCUGUUUAUGCACAAUUUGGGGAAGCAUUGAAUGGACUUUCAACCAUACGUGCAUACAAAGCUUACGAUAGAAUGGCUCGUAUUAAUGGGAAGUCCAUGGACAAUAAUGUUCGAUUCACCCUUGUGAAUAUGAGUGCCAACCGUUGGCUUGGCAUACGGUUAGAAACACUGGGUGGGAUUAUGAUUUGGUUUACAGCAUCCUUCGCUGUAAUGCAGAACCAGCGUUCUGAAAACCAAAAGGCAUUUGCUUCAACAAUGGGUUUACUUCUUUCUUAUGCUUUAAAUAUUACAAGCCUAUUGACAGCCGUUCUAAGACUUGCAAGUCUUGCUGAGAAUAGUUUAAAUGCUGUGGAACGAGUUGGAAAUUACAUAGAGCUACCUUCUGAGGCUCCUCCAGUUAUUGAAAGCAACAGACCACCUCCUGGUUGGCCUUCUUCAGGAACAAUUGAUUUCCAGGAUGUUGUUCUUAGAUAUAGGCCUGAACUUCCUCCUGUUCUCCAUGGCAUAUCCUUCAGAAUUGCAGCAAGUGAGAAAAUUGGAAUAGUUGGUCGUACUGGAGCGGGAAAGUCUAGUAUGAUCAAUGCUUUAUUUCGGAUGGUGGAAUUGGAGAGAGGGACAAUCCUUAUUGAUGAUUGUGAUGUUUCCAAAUUUGGUCUCUGGGAUUUACGCAAUGUUCUUGGAAUAAUCCCUCAAUCACCAGUUUUAUUUUCAGGAACUGUUCGGUUUAAUCUGGAUCCCUUCAAUGAGCAUAACGAUGCUGAUCUUUGGGAAGCUUUAGAGAGGGCACAUCUGAAAGAUGUCAUUCGUCGGAACUCUUUAGGGCUUGAUGCUGAGGUUUCUGAGGCGGGCGAAAAUUUCAGCGUCGGACAGAGGCAACUUUUAAGUCUUGCCCGUGCAUUACUACGGAGAUCUAAGAUUCUUGUUCUUGAUGAAGCAACGGCCGCCGUUGAUGUCAGAACCGAUGCCCUUAUUCAGAAGACAAUUCGGGAAGAGUUCAAGUCUUGCACCAUGCUCAUCAUAGCCCACCGCUUGAAUACAAUAAUCGAUUGUGAUAGGAUUCUACUGCUCCAUUCUGGCAAGGUCCUAGAAUUUGAUACACCGGAGGAUCUCUUAUCAAAUGAAGAAAGUGCUUUCUCCAAAAUGGUCCAGAGUACUGGAGCAGCCAAUGCUGAAUACUUACGGAGUUUAGUUUUCGCCAAGUCCAACAUGGAAGAGAGCAGAAGGCAAGAUGGUCAGAGGAAAUGGCUUGCCUCAUCUCGCUGGGCAAUAGCUGCUCAAUUUGCACUUGCUGCAAGUCUGACAUCUUCCCACAAUGAUCUCAAAUCCCUUGAAGCCAUGGAUGAGGAUAGCAUUCUCAAGAAAGCGAAGGAUGCGGUCCUCACUCUUCAGAGUGUUCUAGAAGGAAAGCAUGAUAAUGAAAUUGAUUCAUCACUGAAUCAGUUACAGGUUCCCAGAGAGAGGUGGUGGUCCUCUUUAUAUAAAGUCAUUGAAGGCCUCGCAAUGAUGAGUAGGUUGGCUCGCAGCCGUCUUCAACAUCCAAACUUCUCAUUUGAAGACAAAUCGCUUGAUUGGGACCAAAUGGAAAUGUAAGGGAAUGAACAGCUCUUUACAAAUUUACUAAUGAACAUUUGAGUAUUCCCCCCUUCAAAUUACUGGAUCUUGGGAACCUUCUGCAACUUCUGCAUUUUCAAUCUCUAAUUGUCGUUAGAGGCAAUGCUUUUUUUUUUUUUUGAGAUGAUCGGUUGUAUUAGAUGUAGUUUUUCUCUUUGAAAAUAAUUCCAUGUAAUUUUGACUUGUGAUCGAAAGUAAUCCGUCUCAUUUCUCUCUCAAUCUGUCUUCUGUUGAGGGAACUUUAAUGUAAUAGAUAUUUGCCUAUUUAUGCCGAUUUUUUUAUUGC